AUGAAGUUGACGAAGCUUUUACUCGUUGCUGGAAUAAUAGCAACUUCAAUAUUUACAUCCUUCGUUAUGUUACUCUUUGAAAGAUCCACUGGGAUAGCAGAGACUUCUAUCAAUCAGGAAUGUAAAUCUUGGAAAACAGAAACUCUCCAGCACUUAUCAACCCUAAUAACCAAUACUACUUGCUCACGGGAUUACUUUCUUCUCAUACUGGUGUCAUCUGCACCUGGUAAUUUUGAUCGAAGGAGUUUAAUUCGCCAAACUUGGGGUGCUGCAGAUAGCCAUGAUCAAUGGCGGACAUUCUUUCUUCUUGGUCAAAUAAGAAACCAGAAACUUUCAGAUUUGCUUGAAACAGAAGCCAAAGAUUAUGGUGACAUAAUUCGUGGUGAUUAUUAUGAACAUUACUGGAACCAAAGUUUCAAGAUAGAGAUGGGAUUUGAGUGGGCAGCCAGAUACUGUAAUUUUUCCUUUUUGCUUAAGGCAGAUGAUGAUGUGUAUGUUAACACCAAAGAUUUGACUCUUCUUUUGCAAAACCCAUCAACACCCUUGAAGAGACUUUACAUGGGCAAAGUGCAGUUUAGACCCAAGGUGCGGCGUUAUGGGAAAUUCAACAUCAGCAAGGAAGAAUACUCUGGUUCAACUUACCCAAGCUACUGCAGUGGAGCUGGGUAUGUUCUCUCAAAUGACAUUGUCCAGUGUCUAAUUCCUUUAUUUGAUGUGAAAAAACCAUUCAGAAUCGAUGAUACUUAUGUUGGGUUGGUUGUAAGUAAACUUGGCAUCAGCCCAGUUCACCACAGUAGGUUUAUUUUCCCGUAUGAUGACUAUGAUAUUUGUUACUUUACACCAUUCACACUUGUGCAACACCGAGUUUUAGGACAGUGUUUGCUGAAGCUGUACCAGAUGCACUCCAAAGAAUUUUACAGUUCCAAUUUAGGGUCUUUCUAUUGA